AUGAAGUGGGGCAAAAGGAGGAAGAGUUUACAUAUAAAAGCGUUGAGGCAUCGUGACGAGGGCAGAUUUGUGUUUGCUCAAGAAGCCAAGACUGAGAAAGUGAGACUUGGUCAUUGUCGCUCACCGCCACUCAACGACACCAACUUGAGCGAAUGCAGAAAAGGGCGGGUGGCUGAUCCUGGGGGCCGACUACCCUACCUACCAGGAGGCCCUCCACGAACUGCACCUCACCACCCUUCAGGCUCGUCACCGACACCUCCUCCAGCAGUUCGCCACAAAGUUCCUCCACCACCCGCGCCACAGGAACCUGCUCCCUCCGGCAGCUCCCCCUCCCCGUCACAGUGUCCAACACCACAACAAGCUGCUCCCCAUACCUCCCGAGCUGCUUAUCUCUAA